UUUGAGUCAAGAGUCCAAAUGCUGUGCAAAUGUGGCAGCCCGUGUGAUGCCCCCACCAGUUCUGGGACAACACUGAAAUCCACCUCAGACCACUUCCGGCGGCAGCAGCGAGCGAAUGCUGGUCAAGCUGAUGUACGAGCUCCCUUUCGGUCGUCAAAGUCGUCGCGGCUGCCUGACGGAAACAUGGACGAAGACGGAGACUUGUCUGCGACUAUUGCUCAGCUCGCCCGACGCCUGAAGAGAAGCCAUUUGCACGCUGAAAUGGAGCGACAAGCUCGGGAGUGUUUGCAUCAGCCCGAGAUCCAACUGGACACUCUCAAGGAGGACGUGCGCAAUUUCCUCAGAAUCUCAGGCUGGGAAAGGAUGCUCCAGAAUGCAGUACAUCGGGAAUUACAUGUCGGCGGGCUGCCGCCGAGCCUCCUGACGGCCCCCCCGGAGCACCUAAAAGAGCCUUUAGCCUACAUGCGCAAAGCCCAGGUCAGCUGGGAACGGCGCAUCUUGAAAAGUCUGAACAGCAUGAGCACGGAGCUGGCAGUCCCCCUGGCCCGAAUGAGGCCCGCACUCGAGCGACAGGAGCUUAGCAACAAAUGGAACGAGAUGGGCACGGAUGAGCCAGACUUGAGCCGCUUCAGGCCCGUCUACGCCCCCAAAGACUUCCUGGAGGUGAUCGUCGCCCUGCGCAGCCCCAACCACCACUGCGGCGGCGAGGAUGUCGGCGCCAAGAGCCACUGGGGCCUUGUCCGGGUCCCCCUGGAUGUCAAGGACGUGGCCCAGCUGAGAGGAGCCUACGCGGAGCUGAGCCUCGCCGCUGGGCAGCUGGGGGUCGACGACAACGCCCACAUCCAUCCAGAUUUGUUUGAAAACGACUACGUUGACAUCGGGAAGAGAGCGCUCGCCGAGCGGGACAGUGCUGCGGCGCAGCAGUACAGCCGGCGGGGCUGCCCCACCGGGCUCCGGGCGGACCUCUGGGCCCUCAUCCUGAACUCUGUCAACCACUCGCAGGACGUGAUGCAUUAUGAGCAGCUGAAGGCGGGAGUCCUCCAACAUGACCUGCUGGUGGACAACCUCAUCUACAAGGAUGUGAAGCUAACAGCCAGUAACGACGACUACUACUUUGUCUUCGAAGACUUCCUCUACCAGGUGCUGCUGUGCUUCUCCCGGGACGCCGCCGUCUUGGAGCACUUCAAGUACAACAGCGCCACUCCGCCCAAGUCCUACAUCCGAGGGAAGGAAGGAGAUGAGGACUGCGCCGUCUUUUAUCCUCCCAACGGUGUGGUCCCGUUCCACGGCUUCUCGAUGUACGUGGCCCCGCUGUGCUUCCUGUAUAACGAGCCGUCCAAGCUGUACAGCGUCUUCCGGGAGAUGUACAUCCGCUACUUCUUCCGACUGCACUCCGUCUCUUCAGCGUGCUCGGGCAUCGUGUCUCUGUGCCUGCUUUUCGAGCGGCUCCUGCAAACUCACCUGCCGCAGCUCUUCUACCACCUUCGACAGAUCGGCGCUCAGCCGUUGCGAAUCGCAUUUAAGUGGAUGGUCCGAGCAUUUUCAGGCUAUCUUUGCACUGACCAGCUGCUUUUUCUUUGGGACCGAAUCCUGGGCUAUGACACACUGGAGCUGAUCGCAGUCCUGGCAGCCGCCAUCUUCGCCUUUCGGGCUGAGAACCUGAUGGAAGUGACGUCUCUGGCUUCAGCCGAGGCUGUCCUCGCUGACCUUUCAACCCUGAAAGUCGUGCCGCUCAUCCAGCUCUUCCUGUUUGCCGGCUAGCCGAACGUCCCGGCUCGCGACAACCAAGUAAACGUCACCCAACUCUUUACUUGUUGACGUGUCGCAACGCAUUUCGUUUCUGCCACUGAAAGAAGUAUGAAAAAUGAUGCGACUGAUUAAAUGCUGUGCCACACAGAGUGGCUCCAACUAUUUGAAAACAAUUCAGUUCUUUCAUUUUGUAAAAAUGCAAUCAUUUUCAUCUUUUUUAUAAACCGUUUACAUUCCAUU